AUGGUGGAAGGAAUCGUAGAAGCAAUGUUCCUCACUUUGCUUGGCAAUGCAUUUGGCUCCGUACUAGAGGAGAGCAUUGAAAACAAGGUUUUCAAAGAGCUAGGCUGCUUUCCAGUUGGCUCUGAUGUUUCGCACUCAUCAUGUGAAUUAUGCGUAGACGUAGACUUCUCAUUUUCCGACGUUAAGGCUCUCUCUUCCGGUGUAUCAGUAACUGUCCAUGUCACGCGAACAGUGUCGAUAUCUGAGCUUAUCUUUGCCUCACUCACUUUAGAUGUAUCUUUUUCCAUAGUGUUCAGGUCAGAAACAGUGCUUUCAAAUGGAUUGCCUGAAAACGCGCGCAGUGUGACUGAAGAAUCUCCUAGUGAAUUUUUGCUCAUGGCAUCCGACGACAAACCCUUUAUUGAAGAGGACACAGGUCGUGAUCCGAUCAUAUUCUCUACUGUGGCACUUGGCGAAGCUUCGGUAUUUUCUGCUGAACUCGCUGCGCUCUUCGCAUCGGAAGACGAGUCUGGCUCCUGA